GACGUAGGGCGGGAAAGUCUGACUCCACAGCGGACCGCCUGCCGUGGGCGCUCUGCCGUGAUGGAGGAGGCGGUGGAGGCCGAGGAGGAGCCGCAGUUCUCUCACCGGCAGAGACUAAAGGCUGCAGUCCACUACACGGUCGGCUGUCUUUGCGAGGAGGUCGCGUUGGACAGACAGGUGCAGUUCAGCAAGCAGACAGUUGCGGCCAUCUCGGAGGCGACUUUCCGACAAUGUGAAAAUUUUGCCAAAGACCUUGAAAUGUUUGCCAGACAUGCAAAAAGAAGCACAGUCACCACUGAAGACGUAAAGCUCUUAGCCAGGCGGAGUAAUUCACUGCUAAAAUACAUCACAGAGAAAAAUGAAGAGAUUGCUCAGCUUAACCUAGAGCGAAAGGCCAAGAAGAAAAGGAAGCUGGAGGAUGAAAACAGGGACUACAGGGAGCCUGAUGCUGAAGUGGUGAGCACUGAGAGUUAAGUCCUGGCCGCCUGGGAACUGCAGCUCCAGCUCAAAGAAGUGUGCGGGAUUCCCGCCAAGGGCAGUCUGAGGAAUGAGUAGAGAUGUUUAAACAAACAAGUGGCUGGGCGGCUCUUCAUGCUGCCUGCUUCAGGACAUUUGAUGCAGCUUAAAAGAGCCAGAAGCUCCUGCAAAGCUAUCCUCAUGCUUCCCUCAGCAGGGGAAAGGCUGGUGUUUGGAUGGCACACUGUGACCUAAGGCUGAGGUGGAUGACGUGUUCACAAUUAGACAUGCUGGGUGUUUGGGGAUAAGUGUAGUCCUUCACUGUUUAUUUCCAGGCCAGAUGACAGUCUCUGAAUAGUGAAUAAAGCUGUGUUUACUCA